AUGGAACAGCUCUUCCCUCGGCGGUGCACCUGGCUGUACGUCAGAACAACUGUCUGCUCUCCAUAUCUGGAAGUUUGCUGUGUCCAAAAAAUCCCAGACACUAAAGGUUGCCAAAAGUGCUGCGUAGUGCGUAACCCAUACACAGGUCAUAAGUACCUGUGUGGAGCGUUCCAGUCCAGCGUCAUGCUGUUGGAGUGGGUGGAACCCAUGCAGAAGUUCAUGCUCAUCAAAGUCAAUGCGGUGGUCCCAGAGCAGACCUACCCUCUGAUCUGUGUGGCCGUCAGUAAAGGCACCGAACUCAACCAGGUUGUCAGGUUUGGCACCGUCAACCCCAAUGCCACCUCUUCCUGGUUCACAGAAGCGGACACUCCACAGACAUGUGUCAUCCACGUUACUCAGCUCGAGAGAGAUACGAUCCUUGUCUGCCUCGACAGAUGUAUAAAGAUAGUGAAUCUCCAAGGGAGAUUAAAGUCCAGCAGGAAGUUGUCAGCUGAGCUCACGUUCAACUUCCAGAUUGAAGCUAUAGUUUGUCUCCAAGACAGUGUGUUGGCCUUCUGGCGGCAUGGCAUGCAGGGUCGGAGUUUCAAGACAAACGAGAUCACACAGGAGAUCUCUGACAGCACACGUAUCUUCAGACUACUCGGGUCAGACAGACGUGCUGACUGUAGACACCCGGAGGCCGAGGACGAAGGCCUCUCUCUGCCCAGAGUGGUGGUUCUGGAGAGCAGACCUACCGAAAACCCUACAGCCCACAGCAACCUGUACAUCCUGGCUGGCCAUGAAAACAGCUACUGAUACACACGCUCUAGAAACGGACAGCCAGCCGCCGGGAGAAUCACCGCCACCCACGCCAACCCUACCGCUAAGUACCCAUGCAACCAACCUUAAAUCUUCACAACCAGCCUGCUGGAAGUCCGCCCGAGGAGGCGGGUGGCAUCCAAGUCCAGGACACUGUUUUCAGGUUGCCGCCAAUUAUAAAUAGAGCUUGCAUAUCAGCACGCCGUAAUGUAGUGAAGCCAGGGACCACUUCAGGCUCUCUUUGAGGUGGAGGUCUCUAUGGGUCCACAUCUUACAACUUACACAUUUUCUAGAAAAGCUGGAUGUCAGCACACAUGCUGAUGUUACCAAGUGGAUCAAAUAUUGGCCAGAUGUUCUGCUGCUUGUUUAGUUUUCACUAACACCAAAUAAAUCAGAAGAUAUCCACAAUAUGAUCGGUUCCAUCCACCUAGAGAGAGAGAGUGAGAGAACACCAAACGUGAAAAGAACCACAAAAUCACUACAACAAACAAGCGUUAUGAGCAGAAUUAAAUCUUUGCACGUUCCACUUGAAUCGGUUCAUGGAUGAGAAACAAGCAGGAGACGUGCAGAACAGAUUCAGGUCAGUUCCUUCAAACUGAAUGGACCCCUGAAGACCACUACAGAACAUAGGACCCUGCACCACACCGGGGACAUUUUGAAAGGUGGCAUAGUGACAUGAGAUGAUGGGUCAUCCAGCUCCUUUGGUGUCUUCAGCUGAAGAAUCGAGACUCGUUCACAAAACCGCCUGCCCCCCAUCCCCCAUACGCCUCACUGGAAAAACCGCACCGAGCACCGUCUAACUUUAGCACUGCUGCUACUCAUCCUACAUGUACUGCUAGCGCUACUAGUUCUGAACCUGCACAGAAACGCCAUGUUGCACAGAAAAUAUCACCUGUUCCUCGCUCUGGCUCUCCUUUUUUCUUUUUCUUUUUUUUUUUUACUGCAAUUUUAUUUAUUGUGGCAUGUUAAAACUUUACCGAUUGGGAUUGUCUUCCUGUUUCGGUUUAAAAAA